GUGGCAAGUCAGUAGCUUAGGCUACACUAUAAACGUAAUAGAUAGCUUACGAUUGUGAUUUUCCAACCAUCUUUUAUUUAUUUUCCAUUUAAAAUAGGAAGGGAGUAGAAAGCCUAUCGUCUAAGCGAUGACAACCAUGAAAACCCCAGGACCAAGCAAGAGGUGGUGGUUCGCUCUCCGUGCCGGGUUGCCACAUUUGGUGGAGAAUGCGGGCAACUCGACCGUGCUACGGACAAUCAUUGGGAGUGAUCGAAGACGCAGCCAGAAACGAGGACACGAGAGACGAGGCCGCCAGAGAAGAGGCUGCGUGAGUCGAGGCCACCAGAGACGAGGCUGCGUGAGUCGAGGCCGCCAGAGACCUGGCUGCUUGAGUCGAGGCCGCCAGAGAAGAGGCUGCGUGAGUCGAGGCCGCCAGAGACGAGGCUGCGUGAGUCGAGGCCGCCAGAGACGAGGCUGCGUGAGUCGAGGCCACCAGAGACCAGGCUGCGUGAGUCGAGGCCGCCAGAGACCAGGCUGCGUGAGUCGAGGCCGCCAGAGACGAGGCUGCGUGAGUCGAGGCCGCCAGAGACGAGGCUGCGUGAGUCGAGGCCACCAGAGACGAGGCUGCGUGAGUCGAGGCCACCAGAGACCAGGCUGCGUGAGUCGAGGCCGCCAGAGACCAGGCUGCGUGAGUCGAGGCCAGCAGAGACCAGGCUGCGUGAGUCGAGGCCGCCAGAGACCAGGCUGCGUGAGUCGAGGCCGCCAGAGACGAGGCCGCGUGAGUCGAGGCCGCCAGAGACGACGCCGCAAAACGAGCCACGCUGGCAGCAGAAGCCGCCACGCUACCCGCAGGACCGCCGCUCCUCCGAGAGGCCUCCCGAGGCUUCAUCAAAGGGUGGAGGAGUGA